AUGGGACGGAGCUGCUCCUUCCUCCUGCUCCUCUUCCUCCUGUCCCCGUGGCCCAGAGCCACUGUGGCACGGCUGCAGUACCGCCACGACUGCGGAGAGUUGGGAAUGCAGCUCCUGGUCUUCCCGCCCCAUGGCCGCACCGUCCGCUUCAAGGUUCUGGACGAGUUUGGCUCCCGCUUUGACGUGGCCAACUGCUCCAUCUGCCUCCACUGGCUGAAUUCCAGGGAGGACGGCUCUGUCAUCUUCUCCUCUGGCUACAAGGGCUGCCACGUCCUGUUCAAGGAGAACCGCUACGUCCUGCGGGUGCAGCUGGAGGAGCUGCUGUCCAGCGGGAUCCCCGUCACCUCCUACGAGGUCAACAUGACCUGCCCCAAGCCAGGUGGCUCUGAGGCGCUCCCAGAUGGAACCCAGGGGACGAGCCGGGACAGCCCAACGCUGUUCUCCCACACCGGCCUGCACCAGGUCUCGGGGUCCUCCCUCACCCUCACGGGAUCCCACUUCUCAGCCCAAGAUCUUGUGGAGCAGGUUCACGCAGUGGGACAGUACCAGCCCAGCCCAGUGCUUCCCGGAAUCCACCACAAUUCCAACCCAGCCCACUCAGGGCUUCUGUCCAAGCCUGCUGGGGUUCAUCCUGUCAACCCAGUCCAGGGAAGCUUCUUCCACCCAGCAGUGCAGCCCCCCCAGCCUGGGGGGCAGAGCCAGCCAGAGUUCCUUCACCCAGUGCUUGUAUCCCAAAACCAUCCCAGUUUGGGGCAUCACGGGGGGCAGAGCCAGCCGGGGCACCUGCGUCCAGGGUCAGUAUCCCAAAACCAGCCUGGGAUUCGCCCAGGGUCUGGAACCCAAAACCAACCUGGGAUGAUGCAUGCUGGGGGUCAAAACCAACCAGGGAUUCGCCCAGGGUCUGCAUCCCACAACCAGCCUGGGAUUCGUCCAGGGUCUGUAUCCCCAAAUCGGCCUGGGAUGACGCAUUCUGUGGGUCAAAACCAGCCAGGGAUUCGCCCAGGGCCUGUAUCCCAACAUCAGCCUGGGAUGAUGCAUUCUGUGGGUCAAACCCAACCAGGCAUUCGUCCAGUAUCUGUAUCCCACAACCAGCCUGGGAUGCUGCAUCACGGGGGUCAAAACCAACCAGGGAUUCGCCCUGGGUCUGUAUCCCAAAUUCAUCCUGGGGGUCAAAACCAACCAGGGAUUCGCCCUGGGUCUGUAUCCCAAAUUCAUCCUGGGGGUCAAAACCAACCAGGGAUUCGCCCCGGGUCUGUAUCCCAAAUUCAUCCUGGGGGUCAAAACCAACCAGGGAUUCGCCCAGGGUUUGUAUCCCCCAACCAGCCUGGCUUGACCUCCACUGGUGCCCAGACUCCAGCAGGAUUCCAGCUCCCGGGAGGUCAGCCCCUAAACCAGCAAGGAAUAUCUCGUCCCAAUCAUCCCUCCAACUCCCAAGCCGUGUUCCCAGGCCAUGCUGGGCUGCUCCAUCCCAGCCCAGCUUUGGUGCACCCAGGACUCUCAUCCUGGCCAGGUUUCAUCAGCCCUGGACCCCAGGCUGAGCCCCAGCCUGGCCUGGGACUCCCUGGGCUGCGGCCCCAGCCUGGAUUGCUGCAUCCUGGGAUUCACACCCAGCCCAGCCUGCUGCAGCCCACAGCGCUCUUCUACCCCUCGCCGGGGGCAGGAACGCAGCUGACCCGGGAGCAGUGCCAGGUGCCGGUGGGCCGCAUGCCGUGCGUGGCUCCGCAGGGACGGGAUGCGUGCCUGCAGGCGGGAUGCUGCUACGACGACACGGACCGCACCACACCCUGCUAUUACGGGAAUACCGCCACCGUGCAGUGCCUGCUGGAGGGACACUUUGUGCUGGUGGUGCCGCGGGGAAUGGUGGCCCUGCCGUACAACCUGGACACCGUGCGGGUGGCCGGCGGCCAGGCGGGGUGCGAGCCCCGCCACGUGUCCGAGGCCUUCGUCAUGUUCCGCUUCCCGGUCACCCACUGCGGCACCACCGUCCAGGUGAUCGGGGACACGCUGGUCUAUGAGAACCAGCUGAUCUCCACCAUCGACGUCCAGGGAUCCCCCCGUGGCUCCGUCACUCGGGACAGCGUCUACAUUCUCCGAGCUCGGUGCAUCUACAACUCCAGUGACCUCCUUCCCUUGGGAGUGGAGGUGGCCGUGCCCCCCACAUCGGCCCCCCUGGCCAUGCUGGGCCCGCUGGCGCUCCAGCUGCGCAUUGCCACCGACGAAUCCUACAGCUCCUACCACGCUGUGGGUGACUUCCCCCUGGUGAGGGUGCUCCGAGACCCCAUUUACGUGGAAGUCCGGCUGCUCCAGAAGACAGAUCCCAAUUUGGUGCUGGUGCUGCACCACUGCUGGGCCUCCCCUGGCUCCCACGCCACAUCCCAGCCCCAGUGGCCCAUCCUGGUGGAAGGGUGUCCCUUCCAAGGGGACAACUACAGGACACGGUUGAUUCCGAUGGGUCCGGCCUCUCCGGAGCUGCCCUUCCCCAGCCACUACCAGCGCUUUGUCAUCUCCACCUUUGCCUUUGUGGAGCCCCCCAAAAUGGCUGUGCUGGAGGGGGAGGUGUACAUCUCCUGCAGCGCCUCCGUGUGCCACCUGGCCCAGCCAGAGCCCUGCCGGCCCUCCUGCCAGCUGGGAGUGCCCUCACGAGCACGGAGGUCUCCAGGGGACAGGAGCACAGGUGACAGCGUGGGGACAGUCACAUCCCAGGGAUGUGUUGUGUUUCCUGAGGCCCCCAAGAGAGGGGGAACUCAGCAGAGAGGCUGAGGGCUCCAGCCUCUACCUGGAUGCUAUUGGAUGUCUCUGGGAAAGCUGGAAAAAUAAAACCAGUGCAAAAC